UCGUAAAGACGACUUUCAAAUGCCUAUAGUCAAGCGUUCUUUUUUAGUUCAAUAUUUAUCAUUUGCAUCCGUUGGCUUUGAUCCCAAGGCCCUGUAUACUCAGGAAAAUGUUCGUCUAGUCAAAUAUCCUUGGCUAUUGGCAUUUCAAAUUUCGCUAUCGGCCCUUUUGUAUAUGGCCAUUUUUCAUUAUGUCUACAUCAAUUCUGAGGAUUAUACCAAGACCAUUAAUUCCCUAUCACUUACGUGUCAGGGUAUUAUUUGUCUAACUAAGAUGGGAAUAUUUCUAUGUAAGGGCAAGGAAUUUGUUGCCUUGGUGACACGUUUAAAGGAGGAUAUUUCGAAGGCCAAACCCAGUGACUUGCCGAUUUUCCGUGUUGAAAAUGAAAAAGAUGUUCUUUCAUGUUCCAUUUAUUCUAUGGCUGUUGUCAGCACGGCUAUUUGGGUUAUGGUGGAACCCUUGAUAAGCAUGUUCUACACUCACCAGGAGGAAGGAUCAUUCGAGUAUAUAGUACCACAUAGGGCUACUUACUUUUGGGACUACCACAACGUUCAAGGCUAUAGCCUCGUUUAUAUCUGGGAUUUUAUUACCACCUACAUUUUAGCUCUUGGCUCACUGGCCAUAGACACCCUGUUCUCAUGGCUGGUAUGCAACAUAGUGGCACAAUUUCGUAUUUUGGUGCAACAAUUCCAGCGGGCUGCGGCCAUGACAUUGCCAUUAGCGAAUGGCAUGGUGGCGGUGGCAAAUGCAGCUCAGGAGCGAGCAAUUGUGGACUGCAUUAAAGUGCAUAUUCGUACAUUGCAAUUGACAUAUGAUUUGAAUCGUCUCUAUGGUGGCAUUAUAUAUGUGAAAUUUAUUAUUUCCGGUCUGCAGAUUGGUUCAUUGGCGUUUUGUUUGAGUCGUGGCGGCCAAUCUAUGGGUAAAGUGGCAUAUCAGUUUUUGUUUUUGACAGCGGUCGCCAUUCAAUUAAUGAUGUACUGUUAUAAUGGUCAGCGCAUUGCAACGGAGAGCUUACAAGUGGCAUCUGAAAUCUAUGCUGCCUUCGAGUGGUCCCAUUUGGCAAAAUCUACCAAGAAACUGUUGCUGAUGCCAAUGAUGCGUUCGCAAAAAUUUUGUGAAAUACGUGGUGUAUUCUUUACCGUGGAUUUGAGUUUAUAUUUAUGGGUUUUCAAGACGGCAGGCUCAUUGAUAACAGCCUUGAAGACACUGGAGGAUGAGUAGAGAGAACCCAUGGGCAC